UUCACUUGUAUGUGUGUGUCUCUCUCUGCUUUGUGCACUCGUGUCCCAAUUGCCGAAGGCUCUCUGACGAUCGAUCCAGUGAGACGAUUGUGUAUUCCGCACAGCAAGCAUUUGGCUUCGAGUGGAAGUGGAACAAGGCCAUCUUCGCCCACACUUCUCAUCCUGCUUGAUGCUGCUGCGUGUGGUUGCAAGCUACCAAACAUGGCGCCCAGGAAAUCAUCGUUUGCGAAGUUUAUGUUCGAGACCUACGGCGUUGUUGUUGUUCCACCUCUUUCCGAGGUAGCUACUAACCUCAAGCUGCUGGACAUCCUCAUCCAGCCUUCGAAGGGACUAUGGAAACCGGUGUUGGAGAGAGCUGGGUCCAUGGUUGAAUUGGGGAGUUAUGCUGAGCCUGGUCUGGAAACCGAGAAGACUCUGCGAGAGCUGCUCAAGGAGAUCGAGGAGGAUGAAGGGAGCCAGACUGGGCUAUUCAAGUGGGUUGAAGGGAAUCAGAGCAUCAGUGAGACGUUCAAAUCAGCGAAAUGCUUGACAGGCUCCAUUCUGACUGGCGUGGCGGACGUAGAGCUGGCUCCGUUGUCCAAAACCAAAACACUGACUUGCACACUGGAGAAUCUCAGAACCGCAUGUGUGGACAAAUUUUAUCUUGAGGACAUCAUAGCAGAUCGUUCAUGGUUUCCAAACCUCGCACACCACCGACUAGAGCGGUUGGUGCAAACGAGAUGUUUCCCGAGCUUUCUGUCUAGGACCGUCAAGAUGUGGGUGGUGUAUCAACUACUGUAUGUCACGAAAGUGGUUGUGGAAGAAAGCAAUUCAUUCUCGCCUGGUUUGAAACUAACUUCGGAGGGCGUUCUACUGCCACCACCCCUUGUACCAGGGGUGGGAGGAACAGUGUCCCUGGAAUCCAACUCAAGUUUUGUGGACCAGGCACAUUCGGGGAAGAAGAUGGUGCUUGGGUUCCGAGCGCUGCCUUUUGAAGUGGAUUGCCACAAACUGGCCGCUCCACUCAGACCACAGUUUGCAGGUGCUCCUCUGAGAUAUCAAGCACUCAUUCCCCCAGCACAAUAUUUGCAUCAUAUUGGUCGGGAUGAUUCCGCAUAUCCAAUAAUUCCUGACAUUAGAGCAGACGUGGGAGCAUCUGAUGUUGAAGCAGAUCUCGGAGGUGGGGAUGAGGCAGAGUUUGGCAACAUGCUGUCCUUGUUCAGGCAAUUUUUCCAGGCCGACGACGACGACGACGAUGCCGAAACCGAACACUAUGGCAAGUUUUUUGAUUUAGAGCCUUGUGAGAUACGCCUCAACCUUGACGACACUCAGCUUUAGAUUACUGUUUAGUGGAACAUCCUCCUCCUGCACUCACACUCACCAAGUCCCAUCUCUGCAUUUCCUCAUGCAUGAUUUUGUCAUUGAAUUGGAAAUGCUUCCACUAUUUCAGUGGAUUUUGUAAUGUUCUUACAGCGAGGUGUACUAUUUUGUUGAGAAUUUCAGAUUUUAGGUGUGUUUGAAUAAUUGUACAUCGAAAAAAUUGAUCACAAGGAAUUAUGGAAAAUGGCAUAUCUCAAGAUGAGAUUGAUGUUAGCUUUGAUUUUAUUUAAUUUAUGGGUUGUAAUA